CAAAAAGGCGGGCAAUGAAGACCAUGCUUCAUAUCUUGAUAUGAUCAAAAAACGAAUGAAAUGGAGAUGUUGGCUAUAUUACUUCUUUCACUCCCCAUUUUCCUUUUGUUAACAAAAACAAAAUAUUCUCCCACCUUCCCACACUCUUGUAGUAGUUCCAUACUACAAAUGCAUAUGUGUAGUAGUUCCAAAGCACAAACCUUAGUCUUCUCAGAUUCAUAACCUUCGAACUCAUCAAACCCACCAGUCUUCUUUUCAACAUGAACCCUUACUUGAACAUGAAAAUCUUCACCCAAACACCACGCGACCUCCACGCACCACCACCACCCUCGCCGGAAAUGAAACAAGCCGUGGCAGCCGUGGAGAUGAUCGUAAGCUACGCAUUCAAGAACAAGAGGCUUCUAGAGGAGGCUCUCACCCACCCCUCCCAUUCCGACGCUGUGUCGUAUCAGCGGCUCGAGUUCGUAGGCGAUGCCGUUCUUAGCCUCGCUGUAAGCAACUACCUUUUUCUUGCUUACCCCAGAAUUGACCAAGGCAACCUCUCUAUGCUACGCUCCGCUAACGUCAGUACCGAGAAGCUCGCACGUGUUGCCGUACGACACGGGCUUUUUCGCUUCCUUCGCCACUCUGCACCUGUUCUCGAUGAUAAGGUUAGGGAGUUUACUGAAGUUGUCAGUGGAGAAGAAGAGAUGCCACUUGUAUAUAGAGGGUCUGUAAAAGCCCCAAAAGUUCUUGCAGAUAUUGUGGAGUCUGUGGCUGCUGCUAUUUAUGUUGAUUUGAAUUUUGAUCUGGAAAAACUUUGGAUGAUCUUUAGGCAUGUUUUGGAGCCUAUAGUGACGCUCGAAGACUUGCAGCAACAACCUCAACCCGUGACAAAGUUGUUUGAGGUUUGCCAAAAGCAUGGGAAGCAUGUCGACAUUAAGUAUUGGAGGGAUGAGACGAAAAGCAUUGCGAGUGUGUAUGUUGAUGGCAAGUUUGUUGCCUCGGGUUCUUCUGAACAGAAAGAAGUUGCCAAGGUCAAUGCUGCUGAGAUAGCUCUAUAUAAGUUGUCGAAAUUGAUGCGCAUAGAUGAUGUGUCGAUUGAAGUUAUUGCUGGAAUUGAUGGGUCAUUUCAUAUUGAAGGAGCAAAACAUAAGUUGCAUGAGCUAUGUGGAAAGAAGAAGUGGCCUAAACCAAUCUACAACAUCAAGCAAGACAAAGGUUCUUCACAUGAGAAGAAGUUUGUAUCGACAGUUCAAAUUGCAACUAUUGAUGGUGUGCUUUGUAUGACGGGAGAUGAAAUGUCGAGAGUAAAGGAUGCAGAGAAUUCUGCAGCUUCUUUAAUGAUCCGUGCUUUGCAAGAGUCUGAUUAUGUAUGAGACACCCAUGUGGAUGAAACACAACCAUUUCCUAUAGUUCAUUGCUCUUUAGACUGUAAAUUACAUCUAAAGUUAAGUCUUACAGUUCAAACCCAUCUUACCGUAACAACCCUUGAGCUCUACUCACCACGGCCAUCACCUAAAUUGGUGUUUCGUUUCCAGUGAUGGCUGUGGCACGCAGAGAUUGAGAGGUGUUGAGGUGAAAACAUGGUGAACUGAUGGGGUCAAUCGUAUACACAAGACUGGUGCUCUGACUUGAUCUGUAACAGACAAACAAUCUUACGAGAACAACUAUGGAUUGUGGUGGGAAAUUGUUGUGUUUCAUGCAUGAGUGCUUAGGUUUUGGGCGUGUAAGUUAGUAACAUUUGGUUUCUGCUUCUGUUUUAGAGAUAGUGUGUACAUAUUUGACAUGUUUGCAUGAUAGUUCCGAUAUUUAUGAAAUCUUGUAUCGAAUUAGUAUCGUUUUCUUCAAUGUAUUAGGUUCUUUAGCUGAAAAUGGAAAUCGAAAAUGGCCAUUGAAUAACAACAAUGGG